UCCGCUGCUGCUGCGAUUGUACGAAACCCUACGGGAGACGCAGCCAUGGGGAGGAGUAGAUGCGUGGGUUUUCCAUGGAAAACAAGAGGAGAAGGGGCGCCAUGGCUUCUUGCUGCAGGAAAGAAAAUCGUCAUCCAUGGAAGAGGAGGUCGGCGGCCAUGGCUGAUGAAGGCUCUGCACGGCUGGCAGCAUUGGGAACUUGCGAGCAACCAUUAGGGAGCGGCUCGACGAGCAGGAGAGGGCAGCACCGGCAUGGAGAGAAAGAUGAAGGGAGACGUCGUGCUCAUCAACAGGAAGGGAAGGAACAGGGCAGCCGACGUUGGGGCUGUGCGUCCAUACCAUGGGCAGCAGGGAGGGCGCUGGACAGAGGGCAGGGGCGAGCUCCAGGGAGGAGCGUCAAGCUGCAGCAGGGAGGGGCGACCAUGGCAGGAAGGGGAGGGCGCCAUGGGAGAGACGUCGAGAGAGCAGGGAUGACCAGCGAGGCUCUGUAGGAUCGGCGCCUAGGGAGGAGGCGACGUGAAGAAGCUGACUUCCUAUGCGCAGGGGAUGAGGGAGAGAUCACGGGUGAAGAAACUAGAAGCCUCUGCCCUGCAUACACGGAUAAGUAGAAGGAACGAUAGUGGCCAAGUGAGAAAAAA